AUGAGCUCAAGGUCAAAAGGUUCCUCGAGGAGUAGCAUGUCUCGCGAUGACGUUGGAUCCUCACUUACGCCCGCCGAGAAGGCAAGGGAGAAGAGAUUGAGGGACGACCCCAUGGCGAAUGUCAUAGGACCGCUGUUCGUCGACUGCAAACGUUGCGGCGCGAGGAUCAAGUUGUCCCCCAAGAGUGUAUAUGAUCCCUUUCAUUGGAAGACGCACAAAGAGCGAUGCCUCAAGAAACCCCCCGGUGCUCUUGUCACAAAGAAGUCCAAUCCACAGAGGACCGGUACUCCGCAGUUAGUUAAUGAACUUCCCUCCGCCGCACAUACUCCGGUCAGCCCGAAGCCCGAUACUACGGUCUCUACCACACCGCCCUUGACACCUGACAAGGAUGAUGGCCCCCCUGCUCGUCGAGACAGCGAGAGCAACGAUCAAUAUUUUCCCCCGCCCCCCGCCGACGCCGGAUCCCGCACCGCUGAUCACACGUUAAGAGAGUACCUCACAAGGACGCACCGCAAGUCUGUUUCUGACUCCUCGUCAGGAUCACAAGAUAACUGGCAGAAAUGGGACUGGUCACAACUCAAGUCGCCGGACUUCAAUGAUGGCGCUGGCGAAACUGGGAAGGCGGCGACGGUAUCUACCAUCAGCGCUGGCGGUGUUUUGCCUGGGGAAGAGUCGCUGAGCCCCAGGGAGCUCCAGCUCCGCCGCGACGCCAUCUUCUCGUUGAAUCUACUCUCUCAGUCAGCGCCAAGGCCCUUGACCUGA